UUAGUUAGCCAAAGAACAAAAAGAAAGAAAAGGAGAUCCAUGAUGGGUAGCUCCCAUUUCUCCCACCUCCCCUCACUUCAACCCACGUAAUAACUCUAUUUUUCGUAUUAAGAGAGAGAGAGAGAGAGAGAGAGGAGAAGAAGAGAACAAGGAAAGAAAACCAUUAACAAUCUAUUCGUCUCCCCCAUUAUCUCUCAACUGUGAAUGGAUGAUAGGGAUGGAAACAGAGAUGCAGCGACUGGAGGUUGCCAUGAUAAUGACGAGGUCUAGCAGCCAGGCCAACAUCGACGGCUCCAGCAGCGAGCUCAGGUACACCAGCCUCAAGGACAUCCUCCAGCCCGACUCCCCCACCUACCGCUCCUCCAACGCCGGUGGCACAGCCAUCUACGGCGGUGGCAACGGCAGCCGCGGCGGUGGUCACGCUCCGAUCCACGAGGUCUACGCUUUCAAUUCUUCAGCCAUCGGCAUCCGCAACCAGCUGGUGAAGCACGCGGCAUCGGCCUACCUCCAGUCUGCGGCGAUCCUCGCCACCCGCAACCAGAACUGCCUUACCCGGCUGUGGCAGCGCCUCCGGCGGCGGCACGUGUCGGUGAGCUGGCAGGGGUGCAUGCGGGACCCGUUCGAGGUGUGCGUCGGGUUCAUGGCAAGGUCGGUGAGGCGGGCGCUGGCCUGCAUCGCCGGCUACGUCGGCGGGGUCCGGGCCAGGGCCGGGUCAGGGCGAACGCUCAUCCCCUGAAGAUUUUAACGUCAUGAAAGAGAGGCGUGGACUACUCUUCUGUUGCAACGCUUUUAACGUGAGAUAGUUAACGCCUCCCUUGUAAUGCCCGAGUGAUUUUCUAAUACGUACAUGUCAGUGUAUUUUAUAUUAUCCUUCUUCCUUAAUUUCUUUCUUACUUUUUGUAUUUUUGGUGUUCACCUGCUAGGAUUGCUACCAUAUUUGUUGAUGUGUUAUGUUUUGUUGUGAUAUAAGCAAGUUUUGAAA